AUGGCUAGCCCUCCCGUUCUAGCUUUCGACGCCGAGGGCCGUCCGGUGAAGUUCGACACCUGGCUCGAUGACCUACACCUGUUCCUACAGCUCACGGCCAAGGAGGAUAUUUCUCUGUACGACCAUGCUCUCGGCCACGCUACUGCCCCUCUUACUACUGCUCCCCCCACUGAGCGCUCACAGUGGCAGACCCGUGACGCGCACGCUCGCUUCGCCAUACGCAACUCCCUGCCGCUAGAUGAGCGCGAGCACUUCAGCCAGUGCAAGACUGCUAAGGAACUGUACACCGCUGUCGUUGCCCGCUACUCCUCACCCGCUUCUGCCACGCUAGGCCGCCUCACUCUCCCCUACCUGUUCCCCGACCUGGCCUCCUUUCACACUGUCGCAGACCUCAUCACCCACCUUAAGACUAGUGAGGCCCGCUUUCGCGCUGCCAUGCCUGACGAGUUCCUCGCUAGCAACCCCCCCCCGCUCUGGAUCACUCUCUACCACAUCGUCACUCGCCUCCCUGACUCUCUCCGCGCAGUCAGGGACCACUUCCUCUCUCGCUCCCCCACCGAGCUCACCGUAGCCCUCCUCGAGAAGGAACUGCUUGCAGCUGAGGCCAGUAUCGUCGCUGUAGGCACCUCUCGUGGCGACCCUCGCGGCCCCUUCUUUGAGGGGUGUUCCCCUUCCCCCCUCCUCCCCUCUGUCGCCUCUGCUGCUGCUGUCGACCUCCUUGGUGCUGAGAAGGUCAAGACUGCGUCUGCUUCGGGCGGGCGCCGCAGGAGCAAGGGGGGCAGGGGUGGGGGUGGCGGCGGAGGAGGCGGGGGUGGAGGUGGUGGCGGUGGAGGCGCGACUGGGGAGGCUAGUGGCGGUAGUGGGGGAGGUGACAGCAGCGGUGGGAGUGGUGGCAGGGGCGGAGGCGGCGGCGGAGGCGGAGGUGGUCGUGGCAGCGGCAGGGGUGGAGGUGGCCGGGGCGGAGGCGGAGGAGGUGGUGGUCGUGGAGGCACGGGCGGAGGCCAGAGUCAGCAGCCUUCCCCGACGCUUCAGGCCGCCCAAGAGUGGUAUGCGCAGCGCGGUUUUACCUGCACGUAUGUUAUUCGCACAGGCGACCGCACUGGCCAGACGUGUGGGAGACCGCACCAGACGCAGCGCUGCUUCGCGCGCCUCAACGACGCGUGGCGCACCCAGUUUCCUGACGCCACUGAGCUGCCGCGCUGGGCUGAUCUGGAAAAGAAGGGUGUUGAUAUCUGGGCUCUAGACUUUGAUGCUAUUCUCACUGCCAUGUAUGCAAUGUCUAUUAGUGGAGAGGGUGCUCAGUACUUGCGUGUUCCGCCCGACCCGGGCAUUCAGGCCAGCCCAGCUGCUGCUCUAGGUGCUAGUGUGUCUGCUCCCACAGGUCCUGCUGCAGCAGCUGCCCUAGGUGCUAGUGCGUCUGUGCCCCCUGGUACUGAGUCGACUGCUGCACUGCACACCUUCACACUGGACUCAGGUGCUUCUCGCUCUUUCUUUCGUGACCGCACUGUCCUUGAGCCACUAGCUCGGCCGGUUGCUGUCUCUCUUGCUGACCCCUCUGGGGGUCCGGUCAUUACGACCUCCUCCACUACACUUCCGUGUCCAGCGGUUCCGUCCGGCACGCUCUCAGGUCUCUACCUCCCCUCGUUCUCUACGAACUUGGUGGCGGGCUGUGCUCUGCAGGACGGGGGUGUUCACCAGUUCACCCCUGCCUACGAGCGUGUGACACAUUGCACGUGUGCUCGGACGGGCCGCCACCUGGCUACUUUCACUCGGGAGCCGGGGUCGGACCUGUACACACUGACCACUGAGUCCCCUCAGGUAGCUGCGUCUGCGUCUGCGUCAGGUCAGAUGUCCGCCCCCUGCUCAUGUCGCUCUCUGGCGCAUGAGACUGUCCUCUGGCACCACCGCCUUGGUCACCCGUCUGUGCAGCGCCUUCGGGCCAUGCACAAACGGGACCUUGUUGCUGGUCUUCCCAGGGUGCUCCCUCCCCUUCCCGACUCCCCUGCUCCUGACUGCAUUCCCUGUGUCGAGGGGCGGCAGCGCGCCGCUCCUCACUCCUCCUCCUUUCCCCCGACGACUGCUCCCUUGCAGACGCUCCACAUGGACGUGUGGGGCCCAGCCCGCGUCCGUGGUCAGGGUCAGGAGAGGUACUUCCUGAUAGUUGUUGACGACUACUCGCGCUACACCACGGUCUUCCCCUUGCGCGCCAAGGGUGACGUCCCUGGUGUUUUGAUCCCCUGGAUCAGCCGAGCCCGUCUCCAGCUAGGCAAGCGCUUUCACUCGGACUUUCCUGUCCUGCGCUUGCACUCUGACAGAGGUGGUGAGUUCGCCUCCGACCUCUUGGCAGCCUACUGUGCUGAGCACGGCAUUGAGCAGUCGUUCACGCUUCCGGCCUCUCCACAGCAGAAUGGGGUCGCUGAGCGCCGCAUUGGCUUGGUCAUGGAGGUCGCUCGUACCUCCCUGACCCAUGCGGCUGCUCCCCACUUUCUGUGGCCGUUUGCGGUCCGGUACGCAGCGCAUCAGCUCAACCUCUGGCCCCGUGUCUCCUUGCCGGAGACUUCCCCGACUCUACGGUGGACGGGAGAGGUUGGCGAUGCGUCGCGUUUCCGGGUCUGGGGAUCUCGAGCUUUUGUCCGCGACACGUCCGCGGACAAGCUCUCGCGUCGCGCUGUUCCCUGUGUCUUUCUUGGCUUUGUUCCCGACGCGCCUGGAUGGCAGUUUUACCACGUCACCUCGCGCCGGGUUCUGGCCUCUCAGGACGUCACUUUUGACGAGUCCGUCCCCUUCUACCGCCUCUUCCCCUACCGCACUGCCCCGCUCCCCCCCCGCCUCUCUUCCUCGCUCCAGGUAGACCCAGGUGAGCCUGUCGAGGUAGCUGUUGACUCGCGUCCUGCGUCUGGGGGUGCUGAGCCUGGGAGUGCUGCGUCUGAGGGUGCGGAGCCUGGGGGUGCUGAGCCUGGAGGUGCGGAGCCUGGGGGUGUUGAGCCUGGAGGUGCGGAGCCUGGAGGUGCGGAGCCUGGAGGUGCGGAGCCUGGAGGUGCUGAGUCUGGGGGUGCUGAGUCUGGGGGUGCUGAGUCUGGGGGUGCUGAGCCUGAGCGUGCUCCACCUGGAGGAGCCCCCUCCUCCCAGCAGCUGCAGGAGAGGUACCUCGAGUACUGCCGCCUCCGGAGAGGUGCUUCUGGAGCUCGUCCCGGUACUUCCCCUCCUACCCAGGAGCUCCCCCCCAUUCAGGUGAUCCGCGAGUGGUACACGCGGCGCUGCAGUCUUCGUAGUGGUGCUCCUGGUGCUGCGGACCCGAGCGGUGGUGCUGUUGCUGGUGCUGAGGACCCGGACGCUGGAGCUGCUGCUGGUGCUGAGGACCCGGGCGUUGGAGCUGCUGCUGGUGCUGAGGACCCGACCGGUGGCGCUGCUGCUGGUGCUGAGGACCUGACCGGUGGCCCUGCUGCUGGUGCUGAGGACCCAGGCGUUGGAGCUGCUGCUGGUGCUGAGGACUCGGGCGUUGGGGCUGCCACUGGUGUCCCUGCUGCUUCUGGAGACGCUGCGCGGCCGCGACCGUACUUCGUACCACUCCUUCAGCAGGUUCUUGGUCAGGCUCCUCCUCCUAGUCCUCCUCCCUCAGUCGAGUGUCCUCUGCCUGUCCAGCCGCAGUCACAGUUACCGCCUGCCUCGCCUCUCCCUGCUCCCUCUCCUUACGCUGGUCCCACAGGAGGUCUUACAGAGCGUCGUGAGCCUGAGUCUCGUCCUGUGUCGCCUGUUCGUACUGCUCGCACUGGUCGUCGUGUCCCACGUGAGCGUCCUCCUCCUGUCCCUGGCACUCACUACAUGACUCUGCGUCCCUCCACUGCUCCUCAGCGUGUCCCGCUGCCGUCUCCUCCUGCGUCCUCUCUUCCUACUCUUCCUGACCCGGAGUCUGACUCCCGUCGUGCUGCCAGUCCCACUGUUACGCGUCUCCUCGCUACAGUUGUCACUGACCCGACCUUUGAGUCCUCUGCUGCGUCUGCUCUGGUCGCUGAGUUGGUUGACUUUGCUGCUCGCUGUCGCCUAGACUACGCUGCCAGCCUUGUCGCUGAGUCUGAGUCUGCGUCUGCCUGUCCUCCGUCCGUCGGGGGUGAGUGUGCCCUCGGCACGGACGUCCUUGAGGACAGACAGGAGGAGUUCCACUGCCUUGCUGCUGCUUUGCCCCGUCUCGUGUCCUUGCUAGUUGCCCCUGAGGGAGACCCGGAUGCACCAGACAUCCCGACCCCACGCUCUUACGCUGAGGCGAUGGCGGGUCCCUACUCCUCUCAGUGGCAGUCAGCCAUGGACGCAGAGAUGGCUUCCUGGAAGUCCACAGGCACCUACGUAGACGAGGUUCCCCCUCCUGGGGCGAACAUCGUCAGUGGCAUGUGGAUUUUCAGGGUGAAGCGGCCGCCGGGUUCUCCGCCUGUCUUCAAGGCGCGCUACGUGGCUCGAGGCUUCAGUCAGCGAGAGGGAGUAGACUUCUUUCAGACCUUCUCCCCCACCCCGAAGAUGACUACUCUUCGGGUGCUGCUGCACAUAGCCGCUCACCGCGACUACGAGCUUCACUCUCUUGACUUCAGCACUGCUUUCUUGCAGGGCAGCCUGCACGAGGAGAUCUGGCUGCGCCGCCCCCCUGGCUUCACUGGGUCAGUUCCUCCUGGCACCCAGUGGAGGCUUCAGCGGCCGGUCUACGGUCUCCGCCAGGCGCCACGUGAGUGGCACGACACACUGAGGACGACACUUGCGGCUCUUGGGUUCGCUCCCUCUACUGCUGACCCGUCGCUGUUUCUACGCACCGACACCUCGCUGCCGCUGUUCUACAUCCUCGUGUACGUCGACGACUUGGUCUUUGCCAUUGCUGACACCGCGGCACUCGCCCACGUGAAGUCGGAGCUGCAGAGGAGACACACGUGCACAGACCUGGGUGAGCUGACGAGCUAUCUUGGCUUGCGGAUCACCCGGGACAGAGCACGGCGCACCAUCACCCUGACUCAGUCACACAUGGUGCAGCAGAUUCUUCAGCGCUUCCGCUUCACGUACUCCUCGCCUCAGUCCACUCCUCUGCCUACCGGUCACUCGCUCUCAGCUCUGCCUUCGGAUGAGUCCGUAGAGCCGAGUGGCCCGUAUCCAGAGCUUGUGGGCUGCCUCAUGUACCUGAUGACCUGCACUCGACCUGACCUUGCAUACCCUCUUAGCAUCCUAGCACGCUAUGUCGCUCCUGGCCGUCACCGGAAGGAGCACAUGGAUGCUGCUAAGAGGGUGUUGCGCUACUUGUGCAGUACGUCGGGCAUGGGGCUUGUGCUUGGAGGGCGAGACCGGGUUGUUCUCACAGGGCACUCAGACGCUUCUUGGGCAGACGACCAGGCUACUCAGCGGUCGUCCCAGGGUUACACCUUCAGCCUUGGCUCUGGCUCAGUCUCUUGGCGUUCUACUCGCUCUUCUUCUGUUCUCAGCUCCAGUUGUGAGGCUGAGAUCUACGCCACAGCCAUGGCUGCUCAGGAGCUACGCUGGCUGACCUACCUGCUGACCGACCUCGGAGAGCGGCCUCGUUCUCCUCCAGUGCUGUACGUCGACAACAAGGCUGCCAUUGCCUUGUGUGAGGAGCACAGACUGGAGCACAGAACGAAGCACAUCGCUCUGCGGUACUUCCUUGCUCGAGAGCUGCAGCAGCGUGGUCAGCUUUGUCUGCGUUACGUGGCCACGGAGGCCAACACUGCUGAUGUGUUCACCAAGGCGCUUCAGCCUUGUGACCAUCAGCGCUUUUGCACACUGCUAGGCCUUGUACCUACUGGGCCUCACUUGCUUACCUCUUGA